UUAUCGUCCUUAUUUCGCAGCUCCACCGUGCGAAACCCCUACUCCGGGUGUGAGAAGACAUGUCUCCAGGUCCCGUUGUUGAGCCCGCCGCCGAGGCUGAAACCCAGCAGCCACUUCCUGCCUCCGAUGAUACUCAGAACACUAAACCUCAGCAUCAGGAUGAGGAUGCCCCCGUUGUCGAGGAUGUGAAAGAUGAUGACAAAGAUGAAGAUGAUGCUGAUGAGGACGACGAGGACGAGGACGAGGAUGAUGAGAAGGAAGAGGGAGCUCAAGGUGCUACUGAGGGUUCAAAGCAGAGCAGAAGUGAGAAGAAGAGUCGUAAAGCAAUGUUGAAGUUGGGACUGAAGCCAGUUACUGGUGUUAGUAGAGUCACAAUUAAGAGAACAAAAAAUAUACUGUUUUUCAUCUCAAAACCUGAUGUCUUCAAGAGUCCAAAUUCUGAGACAUAUGUUAUAUUUGGGGAGGCAAAGAUAGAGGAUUUGAGUUCUCAAUUGCAAACACAAGCUGCUCAGCAGUUCAGGAUGCCUGACAUGGGAUCUGUGGCGGCAAAACCAGAUGCUGCAGCAGCAGCUGCUGCCGGAACACAGGCCGAUGAGGAAGAGGAGGAGGUUGAUGAAACUGGGGUUGAGCCACGAGACAUUGAUUUGGUCAUGACACAGGCAGGAGUUUCAAGAAGCAAGGCUGUCAAGGCUCUCAAGACUCACAAUGGGGACAUUGUUGGUGCCAUCAUGGAGCUCACUACUUAAGCUUUGUGCUUCAUUUUAUUUAAGUCGUAUUUUUUUGGGAUGAUUUUGGAUCUAACGCCUCCCUCUAGUAACUUUAGUCACAGCCAUAUCAGCCAUCAAUAUGGUUGCGGUAUCGUAAAUUUUGUUGCUCUCAUAGUUGUGGGACGUCAUGGUCAGUGCAUUAUUUUUCAGUCGCGUCUACACAUGAUCAAACCUUCCAUGAGCUAUUUCCUCUCAACCAGAUACCAUGACUAUUCAUGAUAUUAAGUUUUGGCUUAGUUGAUUUAUAAUGCUUCCGUCCUUGUCUUGCCCCGUUUGUUGCUGAAUGCAAUUUGUCCUCGAAUGAAUGAAGUAGUGCUUAAUUUCGAGUA